AACCUAUCAGACUUGUAUUCUGAAGAAUGUAACAGUAACGUAAGCUAACAGUUAGCCACUCCACCAUGUCGCACAUAUCGACGGUAACUACUUGCAGCUUUCUUGGUUGUUCCAAAGCCAGGACUGAUACUUUACACAGUCUUCCUAAAGACCCUGAAACCAGAAGACAGUGGGUGCAGUUUCUUUUUACUUCGAAUCCAGAUGUGCAUAUCGGUACUACAACACGAAUUUGCAGCGCGCAUUUCAACAGGGACUCGUUUCUAAAUUGGGGGCCGAAGUCAAUGGGGUAUGCCAAACUAUUUGUUCUGAAACCGGACGCCAUCCCAACUAUUUUUCCGAUCCAUGAAGUAUCGGUGGAACACAUGACGUCGGGUGUGACAAAAGAUGAGGGAUGCCAAUAUGAACCACCCUCAGUAUGCAACAUUAUGGUACCAUCACCUCCAAGACCCGUUCUGGUACCGUUAAAACACAACGUGUCAACACAGGCUUAUUAUUACAGAGGAAAAAAUACAAACAAAGAUUACAUUGCAAUCCAUGAGGAAGCUGUGUGGUAGGCUGACCCCCUGUUACGCGAGUGCAGUGUCAAAAGGACCUUGUGGCUGCAAUGAGCCAAGCCAUCCAAGUGCAGCCAAUCCAGAAGAAUGUAGGAGUCAAUACAAGGUUUACGGAGGACAUACCACACAGGGAUGUGAACCGGUUAAACUCUGUCACGGUGUACAUGGCGAGGAAGUAUGUGGUCUAUGAAGACUGCCUCCUUCCGUUGUUCAAGACUUGUCCAGUCUGUCGCGGCUCCUGCAACAUCGACAAGUUCAUCCAAGACACCCUGCUCACCAUCAACCGGUUCUGCAACCACUGUGACCACCGGAGCCAAUGGAAGAGCCAGCCCUUUAACCUCCCAGCUGAAUACCUGUCCCCCUCAGCAGCCAAAGUAUCAACUGGCACAACUGAUGCUCCCACCGGCACUACUGGCAUGUCAACAGGCACCUUCAAUAAUCAGACCUUGAAGACUGCGGAGGAAAGUGGUCUUCUGUUGGAGAGUAACGAUGGUGAUAUCUGCAACAAAGGUCUGGAGGACAUUCAAACCCUGGUGUUUGAGACGACUCUUUGUUUGGAGGACGAAGUUCACGACGACAAAGCCAUUAAGAAGAAACGUCAGUUAUUAGAGGAGGAACAAAAAGAGGUGGGGGAGGAAGAAAUGGAGGGGGAGGAAGAAAUGAAGGAGGAGGAAGAAAUGAAGGAGGAGGAAGAAAUUAAGGAGGAGGAGGAGGAGAGCUCUGAUAGGGAGUGGGAACCGGAGGUGGAGUUAGGUGAACUUCUAGCCUCAGAUUCCGAAGGGGAUUCCCCAGCGCUCUGCCCGGAUUGCGGCACGUUCACCAAAGGCUCCAAGACUCACGUCUGCGAGCACGUGAAGCCGUUCGUCUGUCAGGACUGUGGCAAGCGGUUCGUUAACGAGGUCUCUCUUAACAUUCACAGAAGAAUCCACAAGCCAGGCUAUGUGCACGAGUGCAAGUACUGCCUCAAGUCGCUCCAGAGCAGGCCGGAGAAACUAAGGCACGAGGAGAGCCACCCGCGUGUGGAAAAGCCCUACGAAUGCCCCGACUGCCCCAAACGAUUUAGCGACAUUAAAGCCCGAGACGGCCACAUUCAAGGUCACAGAGGGCCCACACAGCACAUUUGCAACAUCUGUAAAAUGGAGUUCAACAAAAAACACAUCCUGGAAAGACACAUGGUAGUCCACAGCGGGGACAAGUCCUACACAUGCCCCGAGUGUCAGCGCUCCUUCAACCAAGCGAGCCAUCUCAAGUCCCACAUGCGCCUCCACACAGGCGAGCGGCCGUAUAAGUGCCAGCAAUGUGACAAGUCCUUCAACCACAACGUGAGUCUGAAAAGCCACAUCCAGCGCUACCACCCAGGCCUUGGCUACGGGACCAAGGAGAAGGAAGAGGGACAGGAGUUCAUCUCAAACUCAGCGAGUCAGACUGAACAACAGGUAAUGAUAGAGGAGAGUGGAGAGCCAGAGACUGGGCAGAAGAGAGUGAAGAGGGCAUUCAGGGCAGGGAGGAAGAGGAAACGACAGACCUUUGACCCUGAGGAGUUUGUGGAGAGUAAGAACAGUGACUCAGAAUUCAACCCAGAAGUGGGGGAGAGCGGGAGCAACAGUGACUCUGACUUCAACCCAGAGGAAGAAGAGAGUGGGAGCAAAAGGAGGAGUACAGGUAGACCAAUAGGCAGACCAAAAGGAAGACCAGGGACCAGCAGAAAGAUCUAUGCAGGAACUGUUGGUAAAGAGCUUGAUGGAUCGAAUUUGAAUGAACACAAAUCUGCAAAACAGUGGGAGCAGGAGGAAGAGAGGCAGAGCGACCCGGAGGUGGUAGGGGAGAGAGGGAGCAAAAGGAAAGCCACAAGCAGAGGAAGGGGGAGAGGCAGGGGAAGACCAAAAACCAUUAGAGAGAUGCAUGAGGGAACUACUUGUGAAGAGCUUGUUGGAUCUAACCUGAAUGAACAAGUACCACCAAUAGAGACUGCUCUUUCUGAACUUUUAGAGAGUUGUUGGCCAAUUCAAAAUGUAGAUGAGGCUUUUGACCCGAUACCAAAUUAACUGUUAGUUACUGAAGAGUUGUCCAGUGUUUUUCUGUUUUUCUAUAUUUUGUAUACAUUGAAGAAAAAUGCUGUUAUGAAGGGACACAAAUCUUCAGGGUUCAAGAUUCCAUUCUAAAGGCGAUUCAACUAGGAAACUACUGUUCCUCCCAAAUGGUACCCUAUUCCCUGUGUAGUGCACUAAUUUGCAUUGUAGAGUCUACAUUGCACUGCAGACUUACAUUGAGGCUUGGCCAUCAGCCUGUCACCUGAUUCCUAAUGUUCAACAUUUGUGUUCUAACAAACUUGACAUAAGUUGAUGUCCAGAUGAUCAUUUAAGAAAAUAGUUCAAUAACUACUACUGCAGACAAUGGAAAGUACCUCCUAUCCUUAACCUUUAAUCAAAGACUAUCGUGGAUUGCAAUUUAUAUAUUUUGCCGACAAUUGUAAAACUUUUCAAUAUAGCAUGUUUAUUUGACUUGUAUUAUUAAAUGUAAAUGAUAUUACUGCUA